UAUAUAUAUAUAUUUUUAUACUGAAGUAAAUAAAUAGUGUAGAGUAAAAAGGUAUAAAUAGAAACAGGUAGGCAGAGAGAGGCAGAGUUGUCCGGAUGUUGUUUCAAAAUGGUGGAAAUUUGAAUUUCAAAAAUCCCUAACGGUACAUUGCAGAGUGAGAGUCCAUAAAGGCCAAGACGGGACGACGGGACCUUCUUCACUUCCAAUAUCCCUUUCACCAGUUUCUGCGCAGCACAGCAAAAGAUGGCCGCUCUCACUCCAGGUAUUCUCCUCAAGCUCCUUCAAUCCAUGAAUUCCACCGCCAAAGUCACCGGCGACCACCGCACUCCCCUCCUCCAGGUAAUUGGGAUCCUGCCCGCUCUCUCUGCCCCCGAUUCUCUCUGGCCGCACCACGGGUUCCUUGUCCAACUCUCCGAUUCCCUCAAUUCAACCUACGUUUCCCUCUCUGACCGCGAUGUUGAACUUAUCCUCUCCAAUCGACUCCAAAUAGGCCAGUUUGUGCACGUCGAUCGCCUCGUCUUUGAUUCGCCUCCUCUGCCCACCGCUGUCAAUCUUCGUCCUGUUGUGGGUCGCUUUCAGUUUAUUGGAUCCCCGGAACCCUUAAUUUUGAGGACCUCUCCUUCUAAGGACGGGUUUGUCAUUCAGCCGGUGUCGGAGUCCGAUCCCUCUGUUGAUCCUAUUGCAGCCUAUUUGUCAAGACCGGGGAAGAAACAUGCCGAAGAGAAGGAGAAGCAUACGGAAAUCAAAGGUAACAAGCAAGUUGAACCCAAAGAGAAUGUGAACGUGAAUGUGAACGUUGUUGGCGAUACCAAUGGUAAAGUUUCUCAAAGGUUUAUUUCUCCGGGAAAAGUGAAACCAAGAUCGGUUUCCAACGGGAAGAAAUCAGCAGCAGAAAGGGAUCCCUCGCCUGCCGGCCGGUCUGGCAAACGGUCCUCUUCCCCUGCACCGUCCAAAUGUGUGGUGCCAAGUCUUGUUGCUGCCAAGGAAGAAAAUAGGCAGAUAUCAAAAGAGGCUGCAAUAAUUGUGCCAUCUAGGUACAGGCAACCUUCACCAACUGCUGGAAGACGCCAGACAACUCCUGCAGCGGCGAGGCGGACAUCAAUGUCACCAGGGCGGAGGCUGUCUGGAGUUUUUAAGAAGUCUCCAGCGGAAUCUUUGGGGAGGAAGGAAGUUAAUGUUGCUGCUGACAUUUCCAGGACUGGGAAACCGAGUAGGAAAAGCUGGGGCGAUGGAUCCGUUUCCUGCAGUGGAGGGUCUUCUGAGAGGAAAGAAAAUGGAUCAGGGACAAUAAAAAAGCUGGACUUACAGGCAAUUUUGAGAACUCAGGCAGCUAUAUCCAGGCGAUUAAGUGAUGUGCAUGAAAGUUUGCCUAACAAUGAAAUCUCUGAAGGUCAUGCUGAGGAGGAAAAAGUAACUGAUGCAGCUCCAGUUAUUGCCAUUCAUGAAAAGAAAUGGACCGAUGGCAGUGUCUCACUGGAUACAGUCUCCUCGGGCCUUGCUAAACUUGGGAAGGAUGCAAUGCAGAGGAGGAUAAUUGCCUCAGCUGCUGCUGCUGAAGCUUUGGAGGAAGCCAUAGCAACAGAGUCUCUUGUAAGAAACUUAAGUAUGUUUUCGGACCUUGUUGUAUCAUCAAAACCUGAAAGUCCACUACCUACCAUCGACCGGUUCAUGUUCAUCUAUGAGGAGGUAUUGAAGUCUACAGCAGAUGCUGAAAUCAUUGCUGGUGUCCGAAAGCUGUCAGUAAGUGCUGAUGACAAUAACAAUAAUAAUUCAUCAACAAAGCAUUCGAAAUCCAGUACAGUGUGGGUGGAAGCUGCCUUGGCUACAAAUCUCGAAGUUGUUUCUCUACUGACAAAUGACUACUUUGAGAGCCCUUCAAAAACGGUAAAAUGUUCCAAGAAACGAGUCUCUGCCAAUGCACCUGUAAUCAACAAGAAGGCAGUACCAUCCUCAUCAUCUGUAGCUGGAUCAUGGACCAGAGGUAUGGGAAUGAAUGAAACUGUGGAACUUGGAAGGAAUUUGCAAUUGGAGAUGCAGAUGUGGUUUGUAAGAUUUGUUGAGGAGGCCCUUGAUGCUGGAUUCCGAGUUUGUGGGAACUCUAACACAGGAGGGGGAGCAGGGAAUCUGGAUUGUGAUUCCAUAGCUGCAAUUCUAUCACAGCUGAAGCGAGUCAAUGACUGGUUGGAUGGCACAGUGCCCAAACGGGAUGAGGUUAUGAUGGCAAGAAUUGAUGCUCUUAAGAAAAAGAUCUAUGGAUUUGUCAUCCAGCAUAUUGGCAACAGCACGACUGUUGCUAUCCCUAUUCCGGCAGCUGUACCUUGAUUAUCCAUUGUCAUCUGAUGGAUGAUAUAUCUCAUCUGCUUAUUUUCUUUGUUAAUUUGGUGCAAUGUGCACUGUUUAUUAUGUAUUUGUAAAUUGCUUCAUUGUUGAGGAUGAAGUAAAAUAUUUAUUGAGAAUCUUGAUAAAUAAAUACCCUAUGAUUCUGAUUCA